UGAGGAAGCAGUGUCUGUGGUUUGGUUGGAGUGAGGCGUUGAUGUGCAAGAGGUGUAACUUCCUUCCAAAUAAAUUAGCCAAGAUCAGUAGUUUCCUCCUUCCUUCCUGAAAACCAGUUCCACUUUUUUUCGUGUAUCGCACAUGUACAGAUUUACGUAUGACGUUUUGCUGGAGUAACGACAAAACAAGAUUUCAUCACGGUAAUAAUGGUCAGUUCACGGCAAUCGUAUAUUCGGCCAAGAUCAAGAUCAUAACGCCACGCCAGGAUUUAGCCUUAUUUUUAAUAGUUUAAGUUUAAGUUGGGAUUUUUGCCCAAAAUAAUAAUACAAAAUGGUACUGGUCUCGGUAUUUUUUAUGAAUUUGCUCUGCGCCAUGGUGCCUUGUGAUCCGGCGAAUAGUUUGCCGGAAAUUGAUGGCGUGAGGGUAUCAGGUAUGAGUGGUUUUCGUGGGAAGCGGUUGAUCAGUGGGGGUGGCGAGGAUUAUCCAGUUGUCGAGUCGAGAAACGGAGCUGUGAAAGGGUUUCCGAUGAUGGUGAUGAGUGGGAGGAGGAUAUUUGCGUUUGAGGGGAUCCCUUACGCCAGUGCGGCGAGAUUUCAGGACCCUGUGCCAGCCAAGAAUUGGACAGGGAUAAGAAAAGCGUUCUCUCCCGGGUCUUAUUGUCUGCAGAUUCAUCCGGGUAAAAUGCUGAGGGUGUUUGGAUCCGAAAAUUGUUUGACGAUUAACGUUUACUCGCCAAAGAUACCGGCGUCGGAACAGGCUAAAAAGCUGCCAGUGAUUGUUUUCAUCCACGGAGGAUCAUUUACUUUCGGAAGUGGUACUGAAUUUGGCCCCUCGUAUUUACUAGAGAAAGACGUGAUCUUUGUCAGCUUUAAUUACAGGGUGGGCGUCUUGGGCUUCAUGAGUACCGGGGACAAUAACAGUCCUGGAAAUUAUGGCCUCAAAGACCAAGGUCUAGCGUUGAAAUGGGUUUCUGAAAACAUUGAAAACUUCGGUGGUGAUAAGGACCGCGUCACUUUGAUGGGACAGUCCGCGGGGUCAGUCAGUGUCCACCUGCACAUGUUGAACCCCACCUCGCAAAAAUACUUCCAUCGUGCCGUGCUCCUCAGUGGGACUGCCCAUAAUCACUGGGGCCUCCAAAAUUCGACCAGGGUUCUCAAACUGACUCGCGCCCUGGCAAAAUGGGUCAACUGCGGGACGGCAAGUAACCAGGAAAUUGUGUCAUGUUUCCGAAAAAUUGAUCCCAAUUGGUUGGUCGCUGCUCAAAUGAAUCUCUUCGACUGGAUCCCAUUCCCCGCAGUCUUGUUCGCUCCCGUUAUCGAGCACGCUGAAAGCCCAUCGCCUUUUAUAGCGGAAUCUCCCUCGGUGAUAAGUCAGAGUGGGAGAGAGGCUAAAAUUCCUGCCAUUUUUCAAAUGACUAGCCAAGAAGGGUUGAUGUUAAAUUAUGCGCUUAACGGCAUGAUGAAAAUUGGAGGGUUUCGUAACGCCGUGAAAAAGUACUUGUCCAACUACCUCGACUACGACUACGUCACAAAUGAUAACCUAAAUCUACAGGGGAACAUUACGGAUCGGAUUUUAAACUAUUAUAAUGUUACGAAUCCGAGAAACGCCCCCCUGUCGGCGUACGGAGAGAUGGGGACUGACAGAAUGUUUUCGGUCGGGAUUUCCAAGGGCAUCAAGCUCCACGCCAGAAUUGCUCCCACUUAUGCAUCCCUUUUCUCAUUCUUUGGCAAGUACAAUCAGGGCAAAUUCCUCGGAGUGCCGCAAAAUGAGCUGGGUGUUGCGCACACGGAAGACCUAUAUUAUUAUUUCAACGCAUCGAUUUACUUGCCCGGAUUCAAGCAGCACGACAAAGAAGCAGAAUUGAGCAAAAUUAUGGUCAAUUUGUUAAUAAAUUUUGCGUCAAUGGGGGAACCACUCUACACUGAUAAAAAGAGUGGGAAAGAUCACAGGAUUUGGGACGCCGUGUCCCCCACGGACGAAGUGAUGCAGCUUCUUCAACUGGACAGGGACGUUUUGAUGGUGGACGAUCCGUUCGCAGAGCGGAAAAGGUUUUGGGACUCGUUGCAUCUCAAAGAUACAAUUCCACUCGUAGAUUUUUCACCACUGUUAAAUGAGACAGGGACUGAUAGCAGUAAUGAUAUUUAAUACCAUGACAUACACAACCUCAACCUCAUUUCGAUAGAUUAACCUAUGGGAAUUAGUGCAAAACGGUGAAGUUCCUAUUUUGUCGUAGGAUUUGUUAAUGAUAAUUUGUGUUGUUUUUAUUGUUUUUAUGUAUUUAUUGAUUUUUGGGUUUAAUGAAUUAUGUAAAUUAUUUAUUUGUUGUUGAUCAUAAAUAAAACGUAAUUUAAUAUGAGA